GGCCUUCGGUUCGGUUGAUUAGUUACCGAGAAGGGCAGGCUAUCAUGAGAAUUUUUACACCAGAUCCAUAAUUUAUCAUGUUAUUCCCGGUUUUUAUUCUGGAGCGGUAUCGGGACUAUCACGUUAGAUUUUCUGACCGUAACAUGACUGCAACAAGCUACUUAAGAUUGCGAUACCGCAGUUCCUCACCUUGCAUUCGUUGUUCGAAAUUUAUUUGUUUUUAAUGAGUGAAAAAUGGCUGAAAAAACACCCCAAACUGAUGAGCCCAAUGGCGAGACCAUGUUCAAACCAAUCAAUACUUUACGUCGUGAACCGACGAGGUCAGAGAUGCAAGAUCUCGAAAUCAUCGCCUCAGCUGGUGCAUCUUUCCGACCCGGCGACAUCCCGCCUCCCCCCGACGGCGGCGUCGAAGCAUGGACACAAGUAGCAAUGGGCUGGAUCGUCAUCUUCGCAACAUGGGGCUACGUCAACUCGUUUGGAAGUUUCCAAGCCCACUACACCUCCACACUCCCCCAAUCACCUUUCCAAAUCUCCUGGAUUGGGUCGAUCCAAGUAUGGUUUACGUUCUUUGGGAGUGCAUUCUCUGGAAGGUUGCUAGAUGCUGGGUUUUGGAUUCCCACGUUCCUUGCUGGUGCGGGACUGCAGCUCAUUGGGAUUUUCAUGAUGAGCUUAUCGACUUCUUAUUGGCAUCUUAUGAUCACACAGGGUGUUGUCACUGGUAUUGGCGGGGGUAUUAUCUUUGCGCCGUCGUUGGCGUUGGUCGCGACGUAUUUUGAGAAAAGGAGAGGUAUUGCUAUUGGGCUGGUGACUACCGGGAAUUCUCUCGGUGGUACUGUUUAUCCUCUUGUUGUUCGAGCGCUUCUUCCCAGCAUCGGUAUGCCGUGGACUGCGAGGGUGCUGGGAUUCAUUAAUCUGGCUGGAUUUAUUCUCGUGGCCAUUUUCAUGAGGCCAAGACUUCCGCCGCGACAGACUGGACCUAUUAUCGAUUGGAGUGCGUUCAGGGAUACUCUUUAUGUGUCUUAUGUGGGCGGGCUGUUCUUCUUUGUGUGGUCUGUGUAUUACACUUUCUACUACCUGGCAUCCUUUGGCCAACAAGAAGUCGGAAUGUCAUUCGCUGAUUCAUCCCUCAUCACCACCAUAAUCAACGCCGUCGGCCUUCCAACCCGAGUCCUGAUCCCCGUUCUCGCCGACAGAAUCGGCCCAUUGAACACCAUCGCACCAGCAGCUCUUUGUGUCGCCAUAGUUGCAUAUACAUGGGUUGCAGUUCACGACGUUGCCGGUGUUUACAUCUUCUCCAUCUUCUACGGGAUUGCAUCUGGCGCUUUCCAAAGUCUCAUGCCCACUGGAGUCGCCAGUAUCACGACGAGGCUAGAUACAAUCGGUACGAGAAUGGGCAUGUGUUUCAGUCUCGUCUCUUUUGCGGGUUUGUCUGGACCGCCUAUUGGGGGUUUACUGCAGGAUCGAAGUCUCACUGGGGCUCAUAUCUGGGCUGCGCUUUCGAGUACACUCUGCGCGGUGCUAUUGGUGCUCGCGAGAGUUUUGAAGGUUGGUUGGAAGGUAAAGACUAGAUGUUAGACAAAACCAUAUAGAUACUCUCAAUAAUCUAGAUAGACUAAUGCUUAAUUGAAGUCAUAGAACUUCCAUCCCGCUUUGAAGUCCUUCGUAAGCUCGUCGUUCAGAAUCAACGACUUAACCAUCUCAAUCGGCAACCCACCAGUCUUCAAAAUAGCAUCAUGAUACUCCUUCUGCGUCAUCUUCCCACUAUCAACAGCCAUCUCUCUCAACUUCCAAAGCUGAAGCGCACCAAGCAUAUAUCCAGCUUGAUAAAGCGGCGAGUAUGUCCCCUCGACAGAUCGUCUGACCUCGCCCUCAGCCGUACUCCUCUCGUGAUUGAUCCUCUCAACGAGCAGAUCAACAGCCUCUUGAGCCGUCAUCUCACCUAAGUGAAACUUCAACGAGAAAAUAAUCCUCAAACAGCGAUGCAUGCGCCACCAAAGUGCACCGAUCCUAUUUUCAGGAGACUUAUGGAAGUCAUCUCGAGAGUAGAAUAGGAACUCCCAGUACAAUGCCCAACCUUCCACAAAGAAGGGUGUAUCGAAAAUUUCUUUCCUAUGAGAGUUAUACCGAUCGGCCAUGUAGAGCUGCAGUCUGUGACCAGGGAACAUUUCAUGGAAAGCCGUCGCAUGAGCGAAGUGCUUGUUGUUUCCUCGCAUGACCAUGAGUUUAAGAUCAUGCUCCAUUGAUGAAACCGGAUAGGAAACUUGAAUAACCGGACCGCCAAGGAAGAAGGGCGAAACUUUCUGUUGUUCUGCGCUGAUCAUCGUCAUGCGCCAUGUUGAGUUUGCCAAAGGGGGAAUGGUGACGAGAUCGCGCUCUGUGACGAAGAGACUUCCUUCAACGACCAAGUUGCGAACAAAUUCUGUUUGCUUGCCGGGAUCAACGUAGUCGUUUUUGACGUGUUCAAGGGCUUUCUUCCAUUCCUUGCCGUAGCCGAGAGCUUCGGAUUGUUUGAUCAUUUCCUUUUCGCACCAUGCGAAUUCUUGGUUGCCAAUCUUGAUGAGCUCCUCAGGCGUGUAAGGGAUCAUCUCGGCUUCGAGUUCGACUUCCAGUCCUUUGCGCCCGAUUGGCUCCCCAACAAUGGCGUCUUCUCCGUCCUUUUGAUUCAUCCCGGCCAGUUUUGUCUGAACGACGUCAAGAUAGCUCGUAAGAGAGGUAUUUGCCGCCUGCCAAGGCGUUGUAACCCAGAAGUCAAACAGGGGAUCAUAUGUUGAGUAAAAUGUGAACCAUUCGCCCAAAAGAUCAACAAGGUUGGUGACGGCUUUACUCGCGAGAUAUCCCGUUGUUUCCGUGACAUUGAAACCACCAUCUUGCACCUUUGUCUGUACUUUGGCGAUAGAUUUGGUGAUGUUAUUCAGCAAACCAGCUGUUUCUUUUGCCUUCAUAGGAUCAACAUCCUGGCGCGCCUCAAGCAUCCCAAUAAGAUCAUCUGCAAACGGUAGCAGGGGAUCAUAUUUCUCUUUCGAGGCUUUCCGAAGAUCCAGAUUGUUGAGUUGACGUGUAUGGUACGUGUUGAGCAUAAUAUAGUCCACUUUGCCUUCCUGAUCGAGAUGCUCAAAGUCAAUUUCGCUAAGAAGAUCCUGUUCACUCUUGUGAUAUGUCGUCAGGGCUUGGUACCGGCGCGGGGCCAUGUCAAUGUUGUAGAACUCAUCGAGUUCACCGAGGUCUGCCUGUGUUCGGAUGACAUGGUCUGUCAUGGACAAGUUGAAAGAGUCUCCUGCGAUAGCGAAUGAGCCCCAUUGGCCACCAAAGUGACUCCCUGCUAAUGCCAUCUUUGUAAGUAGCAUCAGUAUAUAGUAGAUGCUAUAGGUGCUGGAAAGGCAGAGGGCUAGUGCAAG